CCGAGAACGAGAAGAAAAAUAGAGAUUCCCUGGCUCCAGGGUAUCCACCUGAAAAAUGAUGGUUGAGUAUAAAGGUGCCUUGCGAAUUUCAGACACAUUCAAGUCGAUGCACCCUUCUCACCAUGGGAAUUUUCAAGCAGCCGCUCUUGGCAACUUUGUUCCUCUUAUCACUAGCUGUCCAAGGUGCUUUCGUCGACGAGCGCUUCCUGUCGACACUACGCAGCCCUCGCCCAUUCCACGCUCUUGCUUCUCAACAGCGGAACAGAACCUGCAUUGCCCCUUCUCACGGUGAUCCUUCGCUUGACGAUGCAUCCGGUAUCUUGUCAGCAAUUCAAGACUGCAAUAACGGCGGCCAUGUUGUCUUCGCCGAGAAGCUCACCUAUACUAUCGCUUCUCCCCUCAACCUGACUGGCUUAAAUGCACUCGACCUCGACAUACAGGGAACUCUGUCCUUCACCGACAACAUCACGUACUGGGAAGCAAAUUCCUUCGACCUAGAAUAUCAAAAUGCGACGUCUUUCUUCGCCUUAGGCGGAAAAGAUGUUCACGUGUAUGGCACAGGAGAAAUUGAAGGCAACGGACAAGCGUGGUGGGAUGCAUAUCCUGGAAACAAGAAGCUGAAGCGCCCAGUCCUCUUUGCUGUUGUUGGUUUGGAAGGCGGAAGUGUGUCACAGAUCAAGCUGCGAAACGCCCCAUUCUGGCACAACAUUGUCAUGGAGUCUAAAUACAUUGCGUACUCGGGCCUGGAUUUGUUCUCAACCAGCAAUAACGGCAACUUCGAGAAGAAUACGGACGGUUGGGACAUAUACAGAAGCGACAACAUCGUCAUUGAAAAUUCGACAAUCACCAACGGCGACGAUUGCGUAUCUUUCAAGCCUAAUAGCACCAAUAUCCUUGUACAAAAUCUCCGCUGUAACGGCACACACGGUAUCUCAGUGGGCAGUCUCGGCCAGUAUCCCGAGCGCGUCGAUUACGUAGAAAACAUCCUCGUGCGCAACAUUACUAUGGAAAACUCGUCUGAAGGCGCCCGUAUCAAAGUCUGGCCAGAUUCUUACUCCGAGAAGUCCGAAAGCUUGACCGGUGGUGGCGGCCGAGGACUAGUCCGAAACGUGACUUACGAUGGGAUGCGUUUGAACAAUGUCGAUUAUGGGCUCACCAUCACACAAUGUUACGGCCAAGACGACGAGGAAGAGUGUUUCAAACACCCCAGCAAACUCAACAUUACUGAUGUGACCUUCCGCAAUAUCCGCGGCCGCACGAAUCGUGUCUUCUCGCCCAUCGUGGGCCAUCUUGUGUGCUCAAGCCCGUACACCUGCUCAGGAAUCCUGGCGGAGAAUGUGGAUAUUAGGACAAUCAAUGGGUCCAAUUUGGUGACUUGCCGGAACUUGGAUACGAAAAGUCUGGGUGGCUUGAACUGCACUGAAUGGAGUAAAGGGUACAAUCCUGCGUGA